AUGGACAAUCUAGCUCCCCAGCAACAUAAAGAGAAUCUUCAUCUCUCACCAGAAGAAAUCUUGUCCGACAAACUCUUAGAUCCUAGAAAAGUCAUCAACCGCGAAGAUAUUAUCCUCCUGAUCUGCAAGUACAAUAUGUACUCAAUAUUCAACAUGGACUUAGACAAUGUUAUAGAGAUCAGGAAGCCUACUGCACAAGACCUGGAAAUUAUACGAGAUCUUCAAAAUCGUGAGCUACAAACCUUCGCAGAACGGGCACAUUUGAUACUUGCGGAGCUGGGCGGCCAAAGAAAAGAGAUGCGACUCGAGGAAGGGGUUCCAAUGCGUGGGUCGGGACAACAACAACUGCGGAUCCUGUACAACGCUGGAAAAUAUAACGGAGCUCAAGCACCAUCUUGGCUAGGGCUAGAGGGAUUCGAAGAACGCACGAGAGAAUGGCUUGAAAAUUGCGACCUCGCAACCGGGCAAGAGGCCAAUGCAUCGGGGACAGAUUCAAUGAUAGCUAACAGCAUCCAAGUCUCCAAAGACCACUUGUUAUCCACGUUGGAACUAUACAGUAAUUAUCUAGAGGAUGAGAAGCACGAGGUCGAUCAGUCGGUGGCGGAGGCAGCGAAGAAGUUAGUUGUACAGGCUAAGGGUAAGGGAAAGAUGCAUCAGUAUGAUGAGCAGGCCGAAUUCGCUACUCUUUUGAAGCAAUUUGCCAAAGAGAAGCAUAUUUUCGAGACUCUGGUAGACCAGGUUGUGCAUGACAUUGACUGCUAUGCAAGGCAAUGUUUCGCUGCUGGUGUUGAAAUCGAUGAAGCGGUAGUGAGAGAGGUAAAGAGACUCCUUACGUCAGUUGGGAGGAAAGAUAGUACUAAAGAAACAUCACCCGUUGAUGAGAUGGAGCUGAGUGUUACAGAGCUGGAUGAGCAAUCUCUGGAGGGGAUAAUUGAUGCAGCUAUUAGUAGGCCAAGAAAGCGCCUAAAGCGUUAGGCGGAGGGAAACGGGGGUUUCUCUUAUGCAAGUACAAAGAAACACUUCGAUGGAGUGUGUGAGUAAGCCAAUGUAAGAUAGAAG